AUGAAUGAGAUUCCCGCACAUUCCAUUCCGGAGUUCUGGGAAGUCACUUCCGAGGGAGCGUUGGUGGAAAGUUUAGCGCCGCAAAGUCUUUCCGGUGACGCUGCAUCGCUCACUGAGCACGAGAUCGAGUUCGACGUCAAGCCUAUUGCUGGCGGUUUCUCGUUCUCUGCUCUCGCGAGUACUCUGAACGAUGGCGUCUACAUUUGGUGCAACAUUGCCAAUAGAUCAGUCAGCGCUAACUCAGGAUCUUCAGAAAAUGUCGAUUUUCUCGCAUUUGCUACUCUCCCAGCUAACAUCACAAUUGGAAACUGGCACCAUGUGAAGGCUAUCAUCAGCACUGAGUUCAAUUCUGUCUACAUUGGCUCCAACAAGGUACUGGAAUUUUCGCAAACCUACGCUUUCUUCGGGUCUUCUGGAUUGGGCGCCGCUCUUGGUCAGUCUGCGAUGUUCCGCAACUUCACCUUAGCUAGCCCAGCAGUCAGUUUCAAAUACUCAGCACAACUCACCGACAUCUCGUUCCUUCCGGACUUUCUUAUGGGCACUAACCCUAUCGCCACUGCGGUGGACGGUUCAAAAGGUGACCGCAUCUCUUACGCUGGAGAUCUUGAUGUCACCGUUGGCUCUACUAUGGUUAGCACUGUCGGUGUUGAGUAUAUUGAGGGGAAUUUGGAGCUGUUGGGUUCCUCUCAAUUGACACCUGGUAUUUUCAGUCCGACCGCCAAAAUCCAGCAGGAGCCAUAUGCUAGGCCUCUCGAGGGCAACCUGACUGGGCUUAUUGGCUAUUCUUUCAACCUGGUCACAGCAGCCGCCAGUUUCUACCAUUAUACAGGAAACGCAAGCAUUGCGAAAAAGUGGGCAACUAGAGUUGUUCGCAUGCUAGACUUGGCUGAUUCUCAGGUCCUUCCUGGUAACGGGUUAUUCAAUAUUUCCGAUCCUGCUUCCGGUGGCGACUGUAACUAUUAUGACCCUGCGCAAAGUGGCGUUGUGACGAAGUUCAACAUGGGCUACGCCUACGCGCUCUAA